UAUCAAACUCAUUAAGUGGAAACGCUUCUUAUCCAGGAUUUUUCACUCUUUAGGAUUCAAACGGACUGAAUUAGUCCAAAUUCAUUCCAUGUCGAACCCACUAAGGGUAUACGCUUCUUAUUCGUGAUUUUCACUCUUUAUGAUUCGAAUUUGAAAACUCUGAUUAAGGAUGAAAGAUCCAUCCUCCCACCACUAUCCUUUUAUGUUAAAGAAUCUUCUGUCAUACUCACUUCUACUUUGUCUUCCUAUCAUCUCACUGCUUUCACUGACUAUCUUCCUUCUCUUUUAAGCCACUUUCAUCUCAUCCGCGCCUUUUCCUCUAUAUAAUUCACUGGGAGAUAAUGCUCUUGCUAAUCCAACAACCUGAGUCGUUGGCUCAAAAAACAGUGCGUAGCUAGGCUAAAUAUAUGGACAAAUCAUUAAAUUGUUUCAAAGGACUCCUUGGGCUCAAGAAACGUCCUGAUCACUCUCCAUCAUCCUCCCCGUUAUCCGGAAACAUAAAUCCAUAUCCCACACAAAACAUUAAACCGACAAAGAAAAAAUGGAAUCCUACAGAUCAAAAAAUGACUACUACCAACAACAUUAUGAUCACCAACCUCUCAAUGCUGCUCAUAUAUCCUACUACAGUACUCUGUUAACGUCUUUUCGCGGUGGAAACGAUGUUGGUCUUGACCCAACCAAGCACGCGAUUGCGAGAACAGAGGCUACCGCUAUUAAGGCAGCAGCAGCAGUUGCAAAGCUGACAAGUAGCGGGAGGUUCAUGACCACUACCUCCUCUGUUACAUGCGUGAGCAGAACCGGUGCAGCUUCAAGGAAUCGUGAAGAGCAGGCCGCUAUAUUAAUACAGUCGCAUUUCCGAACUUAUCUGGCAAGGAGAGCCUUACGAGCAUUAAAGGGACUGGUGAAGCUUCAGGCAGUAGUAAGAGGUCAUAUUGUGAGGAAGCAAAGUGCUGAUAUGCUAAGGCGUACGCGAGCACUCGUAAAUCUUGAUCCUGCAACUCCAGAAAAACUUGAGCAUGCUGUUCGUCACAGGAACAUGAAGCAUGUCGAGACGUUCAUGCUCAAGAACCAAGCACCAAAAUCAAACAUCAAGGCAACUGAUGCAGAAGAACUAUAUAUGAUUCAUACAGACUGCAGCAGGAUAGACGCUAGAUCUAGGAAACACAAGGGAUCUCUACAAAAACUAUAUUAAUAGAUGACGAUAAAAGUGACAAGAUCGUCAAAAUAGACAUUGAGAAACCAUAUGUCAACCCCAGGAAUUUCUUCCAAUCCUCUCAUAUUAGCUUGAAAUCAGAGC